CUUCGAUCAUACUUGCUGCCCGAAUGUGUACUGUCACAAAAAAGGAUACCCCUGUCUCGACCUCUACCGCUAUGUCUAUGUCUGUGCAACCGUAUCCGGCUCAUAAUAUCGUACCGGCGCAAAACAAUAUCUGGUGGUUCUCCAUCAGGUUAUUGGAUCUCUUGUGGUCACUUCUCUUCGGUGUGACAACUGGCCCUUCACCAUGGAAAGACUUCCUUCCAGGCCUACACGACCAUACAUCCAAUGGAUCAGCCGACUCCAUGAUCGAUCUUACAUCUUUUAAUACCACUCUUAACUCCAGCCCAGUUAAGGCCGAAGAGUACCUCCGCCAAGAGAUUGGCAAACACUUCCCUAUGAAGAUCUCGCUGCCGAAGACUGUUACCCCCACGUUAGAAAGCAAGUCAUCGAGCCAUCCAGUGGGAACCACGAACGGAGUCUAUACUCCCUAUUACCAUCAAAAUUAUCAAGAUGAUCUACAGCCUCUAAUCGGAGAAAACCCGGCACUUUCCAGCGUUCCUAAUCCAGCACAAACAGCAUUUAUAGCACGUUAA